AUGAGGAUUUUCAUAGCUUUUGAGGGAUCUUUUGAACCAUUUGCUAUUUCAGCAAAUGAAACUGUGGAGGCUGUCAAGCUGAUGAUAAAGGAAGAAGAUAAGCCCACUCUCUACGUGUUCAAUGCUGUGACCCAAAAGACGAUGCCCAUAAUGGAGAGCAUUUCCCUUCUUGGUCAAAAAGUGUCUGAUCUGAGAACACUGAUACCUCUGAGAUGUGCAUUCCCUGUAAGUGUCUUCUGUCUUCGGACCCCAGAGGGACUGGAGAUGUACGACUGCAACAGGCUCAGGGACCACCAGACAGGCCUCGGCACAACACUUCGCUUGGACGUCUGGGAUGGAUGGAGAUUUCUGAUGGGCCGUCUCCUCGGACAAAAACUUAAAGUCCAAAGCUAUUUAUCAAAUGAAGGACCAGUACUCAAGUAUCAGAAGAGGGUUGCCCUGUACAUCGCCGCCUUUUAGGGGCACACUGAGCUCUCUGAAUGGGCCCUAAAGCAGGGUGUGCGGCCCCACGAGAUGGGCGGUGCGCACCCCUACCGAGCUUGGUGCCAUGAAGCCCUUCACGCAGAUGUCUCUAAAUGCCCCAUUCAUGCAGCCGCAGAAGCGGGCCAACUGUUGAUUCUGAAGGCUUUUGUCAACUGCAGCGUGCUGUGCCUGGAAUGCAAAAACGCAGCGGGACAAACUCCCCUUACCGUUGCGUUCAAACACAAGCAUAAAGACUGCGCAUUAUAUUUACUGAGUAAAAUGUGGUCCACUGUUUCUUUUCUGAAAAUCUCAGUCCCCAUGAGGAUUCAUAUUAAAAUAAAACGACGGGUACUCAGAGCUCAGAGUCACAACCUUAGUAAAAGCCAGCUUUGCGGAGCAAGGGUCUUUGGAGCAAAAGUUGGAGACAUUGUGAUGGUGGAUGGUUUCACCAAACCCAAAAUGACCUCCAAGAGCUGGCAUGAGGCUCAGAGCAAGGACUCACAAGGCACUGUGGGCAAACUACCGCCUCUCAGGGAGCAAACUGUAAGCAGGAAACGUGUCAAUCCUUUGGCAAUUUCACAGCAGGACACAAGAGAACAAACCCUCAAAUUUCCUCCGCUGGUACAUGCAAAUACGUUCUUUGAAUUACAAAAUCGGAAAAAAAUUACUGCCACAGCUAGGAAAAAAGAAAAGCUCAUAAAAAAUACAUAUCUCCCCCAAGUCCCCCUCCCUCCAGUUUCAAGAGUGAACUAUUCACACCCAUCUUUUUACUAUGCAACACCCAGUGCCAACUUUUUACUCAGAUCCUCCUUUGCAUCUUUCUCAGAGCGCAGAGGAAGGACUCCAAGGGAGAAUGCCACCUACUACUUAGCUGUGGCCAGUGCCUUUAAAGAGAAACGAUGGCUUCAGCAGUUAGGAAUAGCAAGAGUCCUAGUGAAAAAGAGCAUUUCUAACCCGACUACCCAAGGAGGCCUGACAGUGUGUGAAAAUCUUCUGGAGAUUUUGCUUUGA